CCCAAAGACCCAGUCUCCAACAUCGGAAAUCUCUUCUCCUUUAGUUUUUGCCAAAUAUGGAAGACUUGAGCUUUUAUCUUGGAGUCAUAGGCAAUGUUAUUUCGGUGUUGGUGUUUCUUUCUCCAGCAAGAACGUUUUGGCGAAUACUGAAGCACAAAUCAACUGAGAACUUUGAAAGCCUUCCUUAUAUUUGUACAUUGCUGAAUUCUUCGCUAUGGACUUACUAUGGCAUCAUAAGACCUGGAGAAUAUCUUGUAGCCACUGUCAAUGGUUUUGGCGCUUUGGUUGAAGCUGUCUUCGUCAUUUUAUUCCUCAUAUACGCUCCAUCAAAACAGAUCAGGGACAGAACGGCCGUUCUUGUUGGGAUCUUGGAUGUGGGUUUUUUAGCAACGGCUAUUCUCGUUACUCGGUUGGCUUUGCAAGGAGAGUUGCGUACUAUCGCUUUAGGCUUCAUCUGUGCAGGCCUCAAUGUUGUUACGUAUGCGUCGCCUCUUUCUGCCAUGAAAACAGUGGUGACCACCAAGAGUGUGGAAUACAUGCCAUUUUUGCUCUCGUUUUUCCUUUUUUUGAACGGUGGAAUAUGGGCUCUCUAUGCCUUGCUUGUCGGCGAUAUCUUUCUUGGGGUGCCAAAUGGAGCAGGAUUUGUACUGGGAGCAGCCCAGCUUGUGCUCUAUGCAAUGUACAGAAACGGCAAGCCAUCAAAGACUGCUGGGAAUGCAUUAGAAGAAGGAACCCGACAGGAACCUCUACUUGUUUCCUCCUCGUAGAAAUCAGCAUUUGCAUAUUAUCAUGAAGAGCUAGCAGAGAAACCCUAUAUACCUGAAUUUCUGAAGGUUUAAAUUGGUAGUUGACAAGAGAGGUAAAUCCAGGUUUACACGUAUAAUUUGGAGACUGUUCAACUUUUGUCACUCUGAGAAAUCUUGUCAUUCGCUAGAUGAAAAUGCUUGCAGGCUUGUGCAUUCCCUUCUGUAUCGUCAUUAA